GGAAGAAGCCGGAGACAGCUUGGGCUCAGCUGACCCGCGCAGGCAUCGACCCAAGGUUUCCAGUAACCAACAAACAGCAUCUCACCCGGCACAGCGGGGCUUGGCUUCUCCUAUGGCAGGCUCUAGGGUCAAAAGAUCAAGAGAUGGUGAAUUGGAAACCAGUCUAAACAUCCAGGGUUGUACCACAGAGGGAGACCUGCUCUUUGCUCAGAAGUGUAAAGAGCUCCAAGGAUUCAUUCGCCCACUCACAGACCUACUGAAUGGGCUGAAGAUGGGUCGCUUUGAGAGAGGAUUGAGCAGUUUCCAGCAGAGUGUGGCAAUGGACAGGAUCCAACGUAUUGUAGGUGUUUUGCAGAAGCCACAGAUGGGGGAGCGUUAUCUAGGAACACUGCUGCAAGUGGAAGGGAUGUUAAAGAUUUGGUUUCCUCAUAUAGCCGCCCAGAGGUCAUCUUUGGGAGAUAGCAGGCACCAGCUGACCAAGCAUUUGCUAAGCCACCACACUAAUCUAGCUGCUUCCUCUCCUGCACCUCCCCUGGAAAAGAUGAACCAGAGACAGCUCGGACAUCUAGUUCUGAAACAGCAGCAGCCUUGGCACCUGACAGAAUGGCCAGCCAUGGACCUCACGUGGAUCCACACAACUCCAAUUUGCAACCCCCCUUUCAGUUCCCCAGGUGCCAUCUCCGUGAGCCAUGGUCCUUUAGGCACUGCAACCAGUAUUGGUGUCAUCCUUUUCCUCCAGCAGGGAGCGCAGCCCUUCACGCAUUCUGCCCCAACUCCUCCAGUUCCACCCACUGCAACAUCUCCUGUCACCCCCAGUGAUGCUAAGAAACUAUCCGGAGAAGGACCUCACUGCCACAGUUUGCUGACUCCGCCAUCAGACUGGAACUGUAGCCUGUUCUCUGGUCUACCCACCAUGGCCAGAGAGAUGGCCGUGGGACACCUAGAGCAGAUGAGAAGCCAUCCUCCAGUUGCUCAGCUUCUCAACCCCUACCCCAGGACUUGUAACUCUGUGGUUGCUAAUUUCUGUAAAUACAUGUAUAUAUUUUUUUUUACUCUUAAUGUGUGCAUUUGUAUUGAGGGAAGAUAAGUCCUUUCUGAUUUAAGAAAUUUUGUAUCUAAACAGUUUGUUAAUUGGAGGAAAAUUGAAAACCUGCCUGGAAUACCAAUCUUUAUUUCCUGGAGAAAGGAAGAUGAAGGAUAGAAAUGUUUCUGACUAUGAGCUUCAAUUUAGAAGUCUGGAUGGGAUAAUACAGGUCCUGUGGCAGAGGGAAAGGAAUUCUUACUUUCCUGUCUGCUGCUGUCUUCCAAGGGAACACCCUUGGGACAGUGGGGACAGGGUUCAGAGUUGGGUUUGUUUUCUCAUCCAGGCUCCAAGACAAGUCCCUCUCCCUUUGUAUUUCUCACACUUGUAAUCUCCCAACUGGCCCAGAUUAGCAGGGUCUUCUGCUCUGGGAUGGUUUUUUGCAUUUGUAAUCUACCAGUACUGUUGCAAGAGGAGGGGCACAAGAGCCAGAAAAGCCACUGUGAUUGCCAGUUUUGAAGGAGGAGUGCCCUAGAAUUGUCAGAGUGGGGUUCCCCUCAGACAUGGGGCCUCAUCCUUAUCCAAAAAGCUGCAGCUGCUAGAUGUAUGCUGGACUAAGGAAGGCUACCUGGUGCUGUCAGGAGGAAAAUGAGGUGUAUGAAUUUAUCCACAUGUACCCCUCUCCCUAUUACUACUGUCUUUCUGGCCAGUUCCAGCUUCCACAAAACCAUGUCCUCUCCCAUCCUAAGCCUUUGCAUAUCGGACUAUUCUGUCAUUUGAGUCACGGCUUACUGGCUCCUUAGCAUGUGUACCAUAGCUAGCUGUACAUUCCCUCACUCCCACCCCCAUUUCUAGAGUCUCCUGUUCUUAGUGAAUAAUUGCCUCCCUUUAUUUCAGAGAACGUGAACUCCUUUCCAAGGCAAACAUCUCCAUUGGUGCUUUUGAUUCCAUUCCUUUUCACCUUUGGAAUUUCUGCUGUAGCAGUUAUCCCCUCUUUAUCUUGCAACUUUGAUUUGUUCCCCAUGAUAAUAAUUUAUUUUCCCUACAAGUGUGAUCAGGUCCCCACAUCUGGAAAACAUCUCUCAAGCCUGCUUGUCCUCUUCCUCUUCUUUUCUCCAUAGUUCUUAAUAGAGCAGUUUAAUCACACUGUUUCUGAUUCCUUUCCACCCACUCAAUCUUUAACCCCCUGCAGCUUAGCUUCCACUGCCAACAAUUUACUGUUCCUUCAAUGUCACUAAUGAUCCCACCGAAUCAGAAUAGUACAGAGCUGGAACUUCCACUUAAUAGCUAAACCCAGGGGUGUUUACAGAGGCUACGUACUUUGUGAUCUCUGUAUCAUUUGACACUCUUGAUGCUGCCUAUUGAAACUCUCCUCCCUUGGAUCCCAUGACAGCACACUAUCUUGAUUCUCCUCUCACCUAUC